GUUGAUUGUUGAUCGCCGAUCGCGAAUUAUGUUCUUUUUUAUGUCUCUGUUUUUGUUGAUUGGUUAGGAUUCUGCUUGUAAUUGUUACUCAUCCUUUUGUUGUUGAUUGAAACGUAAACAGAAGUCUAAUCUGAUUAUACUGGUAGCUAGGUCCAAUUUAUUCAUAUUGUAUGAACUUCAAAGAAGUAAGAACUCAGAAUUUAUGUUCUUAGGUCUAUGAUUCACUUUUCUUGGUUGAGUUGAUACAUGUUUUGCAAUUGGUAACUCUUUGAUUGUAUAUCUUACUGUAAUUUGAUUUUGUUGUUUAUUUUGGGACUCAACUCUUUGUUUUGUUUUAUCUUUUGUGUCUUGAAUGAUUUGUCGUUUUAAAUUGAAGAUUCAGACUGUUGCCAAAACACUUUUAGAUGGCAGAUGAUGCAGCAAAAGAGGUGAAUUCAUCUCAUGGUACUGAAUGGGAGGUUGUUUCGUUAACAGCAUCAGCAUAUGCCUCAUCUCCUAGUCCUAAACAAGUGGAAGUAACUGAUGAAGUUGAGGCAGAUCAAGCUGAAACAUCUGAGGCUAUGUUUUUGUCUGGCCACUUUGUCUUUCCACCAAAUCAGCUCGAGAGUUUGCCCGUGGAACUGGGAGAUGUUGAAAUUCAAAAUGAACAGCUGGAGGGUACAGAUAACAUACCUCAGAUGAUUUCAGAUCAAGGGGGUAGAUCAGAUGUGAAGGAUGAGGAUAACUGGAAUCUGAAGGGAUUAGUUGUUUCGGACGAGAUUUAUGGAAUGUCAUUAUCUGAUGCGAAGGUUAACAAAUUAUCUGUCCAUAGUUCUAACUUUGAAGAAGAUGUAACAUUGCAAGGGCUUAAUUUGGUUGACAAAGAGUUGCCUAGCAUUUACAGUUGUAUAGUUUACGAUGAAAAUGAUGAGACUGAAGUGACACCAGAACGAGUAAUUGAUAUGUCUGAAGAAGGCCAAAGUGGAGGUACUCCUCCAUUUCCACAGUCUCUCGAGCAUAUGAAGGAUGAUGAUGACGACACGAAUGGCAAUCCGGAGCUCCCUGGUGAUGAAGCUUGGUGGAAAAGACAAGCCAUCUCCUUUUAUAGCCACGCAAAAGAAGCAAAUGCAUUUUGGUCUGUUUUCCUCGCAGCAACUGUAAUGGGGAUUGUCAUUCUUGGGCAGCAUUGGCAACAUGAAAGGUGGCAGGCUUUGCAACUUAAGUUGAAGUUCAAUAUAAAUGAUGAGAUGGGAAGGAUGCUAGGUCCGAUAUCUCGAUUCAAAGACAUGAUUGUGGGUGGGAACCGACGUGGUUCUUUCAUCAAAGACCGUUCAUCAGUGCAGCGUGAAAUAUGAUGAUGUGGCUGAACAAUAAUGCGUGUUUGUUGGAUCUUGAUAAAAAAAAAAGCUUUGAUUUGUGUUAAUAGUUUGUAAUUUGUGUUGUCGAUGUAACUUUUGUAUGCUAAUGUCCUUUUAUUCUCCGAAAGAUUUCAACAAAUAUAUGUUAUUCUGUUUUUCUCUAAA